AUGAGAUUUCAAUGGAUAUUUGGUAUCUUAAUGCUAUCUCUAGUACACAAAAUUGCUUGUCGUGCUAAAAUAGAAGCAUCUCAGACCAAGAUCGAAGCCACCGAGACGUACACUGACUCGCAAAAGGAGACAGUUAAGGUAGAAACGGUUAUACCCGAAGAAUCGCCCGAAACAGUUGUGACCACAGAAGAGCUAGAACCAGAAACUACGCAAAAUGAGAUCCCUACUGAGAAUUCUGCCAUCCUUUUCUCUAGUAUCUCUUUGUCCCAAGAAGAGAUCGAUAAGAUCAAAGAGUCUAUGACCGUACAGUUCACUUUCUCACCAGACCAGGACUUAGCUAACACUCUGGCUACUCCUUUCCCAGGUUUCUAUUACCAUAGUGAUAAAGGUCUUUACACUUACCCAGUUACAGGUGAGAAUGCCGAAGCAAUUCAAAAAGAACUUCUUCAGUACCAGAACAUUGCUAGUAUUCCUUACUUUGAUGAAAUCAAACAAGAGAAUUAUCAGAAUUAUGAGAAUACUGGUUUAGUUACUACUUAUGUUAUUAGUGAGUCGGCUAAAAAGCAAGAGCUGAGUUGGAUGGAACAACCGGCUGAACAUUUCAAAACCCAGAUGAAGAUUGCUCUUUUGGACUUUGAAAGUACGCGAAUGUUCUUGGAAAGUGCCGGUUUACGUGAAGAGAUGAAACCAGCUCUGUUUGUGAUUGUGACUAAGGUGGAAGGCAGUUCUAACACCCCUAAGAUCUACAAGUACUUGAAGACUAAUAUUAGUCAGCCAGAAGAAGUACAUGAGUUUAUCAAUGGGUACUUAGGUAAUGCACUUACGCCUUUCUUGAUGGACGAGAAGGUUGAAGAGGGAGUAUCUAUGGUUUCUGAAUCGGGAGUGACUCGAAUUACUAACAGUACUUUCUCUUCCUUUGCGAUGGAUAAGCUUAAGAAUGUUUUGGUUGUUUACCAUGUGGAGUGGUGUAAGUACUGCCAAAUCCUUUUGCCAGAAUUGGAAGAGUUAGCAGCAGCUUUACAGGCGGCUAAUGUCACUGAUAUUGCCGUGGGUAAGAUGCUAAUGACUAAGAAUGAUAUUCCUUUGGAUUUAGACGUUCAAGGGAUUGAAGCCUAUCCGACUGUGCGCUUAUAUAAGACCGGUACUAAUGAUGAGAUCAUCUAUGAGCCUCAACCGGGCAAGCCUAUCAAUGCCGAAGCUAUCAUUGCCUUCCUGAAGAAGCAUACUGAUCUUCCUGAGGACUUUACUAUUGCCAAGCCCCUUCCAACUGAAGAGCGUGUGCCUGAAGAGGUUCCAGAGAUUAAGACUGAUCUGUAA